GCGAUGUGCCGUUAACGGCAGAGCCGCUCAACACUCUUCCUCCUCCUCUUCCUCCUCUUCUUCCAUCAUCCCCCUCUCUCGGAGCUGCGUCUCUGUCCGCCGGCGCCGCAUCAUCCCCAUCACUACCAUGGGAAUACGAGGCUGCCUUUCUUCCAUCUAGACGGGAUCAUUCUCACCUUGCAGAGUCAAGACGGGGGGCACAAUGAGUGAAGAGCCACCGGCCACCCCAAGCUGGCUGAGCCCAGACCCCACAGCGUGGGCCAGUGGCGGCGGGGGGCCGUUGGACAACACCACCGGCCUAGGGAUGUUUCCAUCGGAGGACGCACUCCCACCCAGCCAGCUGCCGCUGCUGGUCAACCCCUGGGACAUCGUGCUCUGCUCCUCCGGGACUCUGAUAGCUUGUGAGAACGCCCUGGUGGUGCUGGUAAUCUGGCAGAACCCGGCCCUCCGAGCGCCCAUGUUCUUGCUGAUCGGUAGCCUGGCUCUGGCCGACCUCCUGGCCGGCCUGGGCCUCGUGCUUCACUUCACCUGUGCCUACUUGCUUCACUCCGACUCAGCCCAGCUGCUGACCGUGGGCUUGGUGGUGGCCUCCUUCUCCGCCUCUGUCUUCAGCUUGUUGGCGAUCACUAUUGAUCGCUACCUGUCUCUGUACUACGCCCUCACGUACAACUCUGAGCGGACGGCGGCCUUCACCUACACCAUGCUGGUGCUGCUGUGGGGCCUCUCCCUGUGUCUCGGCCUGCUGCCGGUCACGGGGGUCAACUGCCUGGCGGAGGAGGCCUCGUGCAGCGUGGUGCGGCCACUGACAAAGAACAACAUUGCAGUGCUGUCCGUCUCCUUCCUGCUGCUCUUUGGCCUCAUGCUGCAACUCUACGUUCAGAUCUGCAAGAUUGUAAUCCGCCACGCUCACCAGAUUGCCCUCCAGCACCACUUCCUGGCCGCCACACCCCACUACGUCACAACGCGGAAGGGCGUGUCGACCCUGGCCAUCAUUCUGGGCACCUUUGCCGCCUGCUGGAUGCCGUUCACCGUCUACUCUCUGAUUGCUGACUACACCUACCCUCCGCUCUACACCUACGCCACGCUGGUGCCUGCCACCUACAACUCUGUCAUCAACCCGGUCAUCUACGCCUUCAGAAACCAAGAGAUUCAGAAGGCCCUGUGGCUGGUGUGCUGCGGCUGCGUGCCCAGCAGCGUGGCCCAGCGUGCACGGACUCCCAGUGACGUCUGACCGAGCACGCCCAGGUGGGAGGAAAGAUUCAACCUGGGUCGGCUCUGCUCUUCGCUGGAACUGUCCAGUGUCCGAGGAGGUACCAGCCGGGAUCAGCUCUGGCUGGAGAUGCCACUGGCAGAGGCAGUUUGUUUGGGUGGUUGUCCACAACCCACGAAGGCGGAUGGCGUUUUUUUUCUUUGUUACACUGACCACAGGGCAAGGUAUCUCGCCGUCUUCCCCAGUAAAAGCCACUAUGCCAGCUGCAUCCCACUCAACUCCUGCCACACCCUUUCUCAUUUCUUAUGCAGAGCCUGAGUGCAUCCCUCAUUUACAGGUAUCAGCUGCAUAUCCAGCUUUGGUUGACACUUGUGUAUUUUCCUUCGGGUGAUAGAGCCCGUCUUUCUUUUUUUAGUUUGCGCUCUUGUAGAGGUGUAAAAAAAAAAAGAAGAAAAACAAACACCACUAGUGUUGCCGAGGAUGACAGUAGAGGGGAGGAGGGCUGUAAAUCCAGGCAUUUCCACAGUGGAGCCCGUGUGGAGCAGCAUCCCGGCGCUCUGCUGCUGCACCCUGAACGUGUGUAGAAAACUAAACAGCCGAUGGGAACUAAAAAUAGAAGCGAUGCUCUCUGAUCCGCGCUCUGCGCGCGCAACAGACACCAAGGAGGAAAUCAAGCUGCUCCUUCUUCUCCCCUCUCCCAUUAUCUCUCUUUGUUCAGAUUAGAUUCUGUGUGACAGUGUUAUAGUUCAGGAAGAUCAAGACAAAGUCCCAGCCACCCCACCCCCCCUCCUUUAAAUCCCUCCUGUGUAUCUUUUUAUUAGUAUGGAUCCACCAAAACCAAAUAUAGGAUGACUGGAUUAUGUAAUCUGAUUAUACAUCCCUCCUCGUCACUGUUUGCAAGGAGUUACUUUUUGUCUUUUUUUGGAAAUGGAGAAAUCUCUUAUUUUAUCUAUAAGGUUUGGGAAGAAACCACAUAUUUGAAUAAUUUUAAAGAAAACCAAUUAACACCUUUGUUCAAAUUAAUAUAAAUUUGUCACAAUAGCAAAAUGGUGUCUUUACAGUCGUCACAACAUCAUCUUGACUUCUAAAAUCUUCCACACCAGACUUGUAACGUGAGAUCUUAUUGCCAGGUCUCGAUUUAAUUUGCAUGCAACAAGCUCCCUGUUUUCCUCCCGAGUUCAGUGUGGUAGGUCACAUAAGCCGCUGCAGGCCAUGUGCCAUUGUUUCCUGAUGCCAUGACCUCAACAAUUGUGUCUGUGUUCAAGGUACCACAGUGUACCUUACAUGUACUGCAUUAUAAGAGCUACAAUUACUACUCCAAUGUCACAAGAGCUGCAUCUUGUUUGAAAAAUGUGGAUUUUUUUAUUUUUUAUUUUUACUAUUACGUGUGAUUUGUUCCUGUUAAAAUCAGAUUACCUGCUGCUCUGAGUUAAUGUAUUUGAUCUUUUGGUUUCCAUAAAUACGUAUGUUGAUUCUCUGUCCUUUCGGAUCAUGUCAGCAAUAACUAGCCUACGAAUGGUAGUUAUUUUUCUUCUUUUACAUCUUUUACAGAUGUAAAGCAAUACUCAGACAGCAAUAACAUCCACAUCCCACCUUGACUUCUUCAUGCAGGGUGAAGUACCAUAAUAUCUGCUCGGGUCGGGAUGUGUUUAAAAGAACAGGCUCAGUGAGCAGCAAUGAUGUUUCAAUGAUAGACUCCUCGAGGUGAGAGUAGACGACUCGCUCAUCGCAGUCACACCGCUGCAAUAGGGAGGAAAUCGUGAACGUUUAUUUUUUCAUUGCCUCUGCCUUUUCUGAACUGUCCUGGGUGUUGUGACCUCGAAUAACAGUGUGUGAUUUGGGACUCGUCUUUCGUGCAUCUGGUGUGAGUUGCAUGGCCUCUAGGUGUGUGCAUGUGUUUGUCAUGUGCAGACCACAGUCUGCCCCCUCGUGUUGGAUUGUCACAUCCCGUCGACACCCUGACCUUAGAGCUGUCAGUCUUCCUGUAAAUUCAGCGAGAAGUGUCCUCCUUACGUGUCUGUGUAGAGCUUCUUGGAGGGAAAUGGGACUCAGAAGUGGGCGCUCGAGCACUUCAAGCCAAAGUGAAAGGGACUCUGAAUGAGUCGAACCCUGCCGUUUGUCUCAGCAGUGUCAUAUUCCGCUUUAAAUCUACAUGAUAGAGGCAGGUGUCCGUUAAGUGACUUCUUGUUAAACCUACGAGCUAAACACGGCUACUUCCAAAUACAAAAGAAAUGCUUAUUCUUUGUUUCCCUGCUGUCUCCCUUGUCAGUGAGCCUGAUAGAAACAUCUGUGGAGUUCAAAGUCUUCAUCUUUUUGGGCUCAGUUUAGGUGUAAAAGUUUUCAUUUCUUUUUUUUUUAAUGGGAGAUUAGUAAGAAAAUGUGUAAAAACAACAAAAACAGCAUUUCUAAACACAGAAACGUAGCCUGUGUAUGUAAACCUGUGCACAGUGUCAGACUGAACUCUAGUUAUUUGAUGAGGACCAAAAGGUCAGACUGACACCUCACAAGUCAUCACGAGCUGUCAUUACUUUACCUUUAGAGGAAAAAGUCUAUUUUGUUAUAUUCAUUGAAAAGUUAUAUAUUUUCCCCCACUUUAGUCUGGCCUGACCUGACUUCCUUUAGAUUCUGACGUGGUAUGAUAUAACGUGCUGUAAGGCCUUUUUUCUGAAUGUAGUAUUUAUUAAAUCAAACUCAACACUCCCUCCUUUGUUUUUGUGAAUAAAGGCAUGCUGAAGAGGAGGGACUUUAAACCACCGUGCACGGUGCUACCAAAGCCAGUCAAUCUAGAUGAUGAGUUGGGUCACUCUGUUUUCUUUUUAAAGAUUUCUCCACCUUAGCUGUUAAUGUUGAGAGUGUUCUGGUAGAUUCUACUUUCCUUGCUUCAGUAUGCAGCUGUUUGUUUAAGCUGAGCAAACGAAAAGAUUUGGCAAAGCAGAUGUUUGAGUAUGAUGUUACCGCAGGAUUUUCUGAUCGGUGAAUGUGGAUCUCUUGUGCAGCCAACUGUAUUGUUGAGAUAUUCACUCCAAGGGAGGUUUGAAUAAGGGCUUUGUAUCCAAGACAGGGCGAGGACCGUGAUGUUGGAUGUAUAACUUAUCAAUAAAUACACCGGUUUAUCUACUAAAUGGUUUCACAAAGAUGUGUAAAAGCAUUUGAUUUUGGUGUAAGUGAUGGAACAUUAGACCAGCAGGAGGAGGAGGUGUCUUUCUGAUGGUUAAUAAUUUAGAGCUAAAUAUCAAACACUCAAGGGCCUGUUAGAGAGUGUGUGUGUGUAUGUGUAUGUGUGUGUUUUGGGGUUGGAGAUGGGGUGGUGCCACAGUAACAGCAUCUAGUGUAGACAUAUGCGUAGUUUUCAAUGUGAAAAUGCACUUUAUUUUUUUGGAUGAAAAAGGCACAACAAACUAAGUAUCUGCAAAAUGAAACGUAUAAAAUGAUAAUCAACAUGCACUAACUUAACUGAGAUAUUGUAAAAAUGUUUGUGUAAAUGUGGUGUCUAUUUUUCCAAGGUGUUAGUUGUACUUUUUAUUGCUUUGGUUAGUCCAUUCAAUUGAAAGAUCUUGUUAAUUUUGUAUUAAAA